ACUGCAUUAACAUUAGUGUAACUGCAGUGUUCAUUAUGUGCAUAAAUGCGUUGUCACCAGGGGCGGACUGACAACUCAUGGGGCACCCGGGCAAUAGGGGAUCAUGGGGCCCCUGUGUCCUUGCCCAAACUCAAAAAAGCCUAUGAAAAAGGUACCAGGGGCAUCUCAUGGGGCCCCCUACUGACCCCGGGCCCUCGGGCAGUGCCCGAGUUUCCAAAUGGUCAGUCCGCUCCUGAUCAGCACUGAUA